UGUGACAGCAGAAGCAAAGGGACCGUGGCUCCAGCCCCACUGCAGCCCGGGCCAGCUUUCACUCAUCUCCAGCUACAAAUAAAGUCCCUGGUCCACUACCACCCCCAGCAAUCCAGACCUUAGAGCUGCAUGUGCCCCAUGGCACCAUGUUUACUAAUACUCCGUGAGUUCCAGCCCUGCCAGGCCCUGUUGCCCCCAGACACUACUGAGGUAGGACAAACCCUGAACAGCUUGCAUUAGGCCUUAGCCAUUUACCUUAGGGAAUAGCUCUGUGCUUGGGCACCUGCCAGAAUCCUGUGGGGAAAUGCUACUUGAGCAGGGCUCUGGGACAUAGGCAUUCCCACUGCCCAGGGCUGGGGCACUGCUGCCAUUGAACCUUUCUCCCAGACCUGUCAUAGGAGUCCCUCUUCCAAACGCAAGGGUUGUGCUGCUGUAGGCUAGAAGGUGCCUGUUUUAUGUUCACCAGUGGGGGGUAUUUCCAGCAACAGCUGGCUUGGAAAGCCUCAGUCUGCCCAGGACUGCCUUUCAGAGUUCCCUAGCCAGGUUCUGAGACCUGGGGACUAAAAAACAGGUCAUGCAGCCACCUGGCCGUUCCCGUACAGCUGCCAUAUCUGGGGCUCUGAUCAGCCAGUAAUAAAGAGACACGCACUGUAUGGGCCAGGCACCACCCACUCCACUCUGGUCUUAUCUGUCCCCUCUCUUCCACUGGCAUUCUCUUUCCAGGCAGCUGACAUAGGUGCUUACCUGUUUUCUGGUCCCUUUCACUAUGGGCUACUUUAAGUCCCAUCUGGUUUUGGUCCUGUUCCUGUCACUGGCUUGGGUGGCACCUAGCUGGGGGGAAGACCAGGGCAAGGAGGUAGAGGUGCAGCAGAUGGAGGAGGUGAAAGAAGAAGAGGAGGUCAUCUCAACUGAGCUUUUGGAAGAAGAUGGUGUCUUAGUACUCCAUCAACACAACUUUGAUCGAGCCCUGCAUGAGCACAGGCUGCUCCUGGUGAAGUUCUAUGCCCCUUGGUGUGGGCACUGCCAGGCUCUGGCCCUGGAGUACACACAAGCUGCUGGGAUCCUGAAGAAUGAAUCCCUGGACUUGAGACUGGCCAAAGUGGAUGCAACAGAGGAAACAGUCCUAAGUGCUGAGUUUGGUGUUACCGGGUACCCUGUGCUGAAGCUCUUCCAAGAUGGGAACCGCACUCACCCCACAGACUACACAGGUGCACGGGACUCCCAGGGCAUCGUGCUGUGGAUGAAGCGGAAGGCUGGCGCCAGUGCCACGCUGCUGCAGGACAAGGAUAGCACUGCAGAGCUCAUUGACUCCCAUGAUGUUGUUGUUGUUGGUUUCUUUAAGGAACUGCAGGGUGAAGGUGCGCAGGUAUUCUAUGAAGUUGCCAGUGAUAUUGUGGACAUCACCUUUGGGAUUACCGAGAAAGUGGAGCUUUUCCAGAAAUAUGGCAUCACCCAGGACACAGUCUGCCUCUUCAAGAAGUUUGAUGAGAAGCGGACAGAUUUCCCACUGGACUCAGAGCAAAGGCUGGACAAGGAGGAGCUUUCCCACUUCAUUGUUGUGCAAAGCCUGGAGCUGGUGAUGGAAUUCACUAGCCAAACCUCAUCUAAGAUAUUUGGAGCAAAAAUCCUUAACCACCUGCUGUUGUUCAUUAACAAGACUGUGGAGUCCCAGCUGCAGAUGGUGGGGAAUUUCCGGGAAGCAGCAGCUGCUUUCAGGGGCCAAGUUCUCUUUGUGCUCAUUGAUGUCAAUGGGUAUGGGGCCAAUGUGCUACACUUCUUUGGCCUGAAGAGCCAUGAUGCUCCCACCCUGCGCUUCAUCAACAUAGAGACCAACAGGAAGUACCGCAUGGCUUCAGAGGACUUCUCGGCUCAGGCUGUGGGCUCCUUCACCCAGGAUGUGCUUGAUGGCAAAGUCAAGCCUCAUUUUAUGAGUAAGGAAAUCCCUGAGGACUGGGAUAGGCAGCCAGUUAAAGUCCUUGUGGGCAAAAACUUUGAGAAGGUGGCUUUUGAUGAGACCAAGAACGUAUUUGUGAAGUUCUAUGCUCCUUGGUGUGCACACUGCAAGGCAAUGGCACCUGUCUGGGAGGAGCUGGGUGAGAAAUAUAAGGACUAUGAGAACAUCAUCAUUGCCAAGCUGGAUGCAACAGCCAAUGAGAUUGAGAACAUCACCAUCCAUGGCUACCCAACACUGCACUACUUCCCUGCUGGGCCAGAUAGGAAGAUGAUUGAGUACAAGAGUGCCAGAGACCUGGAGACCUUCUCUAAGUUCCUGGAGAAUGGGGGCAUACUGCCCAUGGAGAAAGAGGUGGUUGAGUCCCCUGAGGAUGUAAAUGGGACAAGUCCAUCAGAUGCCACUGAAGCCAGAGAUGAAUUAUAACCCCCCACCUCCACAUCCUGCUCAUCUGGCUGGGAAAACCACCAGCCCAGUUCAUGGCACCUAGAAACAGAGCUUGCCCCAUGGGCAUGGACUACAGCACUAGGGCUUAACUCACCCCAUCACUGUGUCCCCCGAGGCCUGGCCUUUUGUUCUUUGUGCCAAGGGAUGGAGUCUGUGGGGAAGAUCCUGCUGCAUGCUGCCUGGUGCCUCUUUCCCUUUUCAGGCCUAGGCGCAGCAGGUCUGGGGAUCAGGUUUCAGGGAGUUGUGCCUCCCUGCAUGGUGCUGUUUUCUCCAGUCUCUGCCCCUGCUACAUCAUUGAUGGUGCAUGCCUUCCAGCACUGUGAGCCAGACUUGGGCCAGGAAUAAGAGGCAAGCAACCUCAGGGAGCUGAGCUUGGCACCUAGACUGGUACUAGUACUCAAAAGGCCUGUGCCCUGUGAUGCCUAUGGGGAAUGAGACAAUGUUGCCAUCCCCAAAUGCCUACACUGAGUCAUGCCUCCAAAAUCAUGAGACUAGCUCUAAAAUAACACAGAUUUAAACAAUCAGUGCUGGGUCUCUGUAUCAGUCUUCUGAUUUGGUUUGUCAGGUCAUACUUACACAUUUCUCUGUUGCCUGUGGGCUGGAACCCAAUGUGUUAAAAGCAAGCAAAGAUGGUCACAGGCUCACUGGACUCCAGUGAGCAGGAGCUGAAGGAAAACAUCUGAUACACAGCUGGAGAUGAAAUUGGGGAGUCUGGCAACAGUAGCAGAGAAGCUGGGCAACUUGAGAGCAAGUGGGCUCAGACAUUGACAGA